GAAUUUUUAAAAAUAAAAAUUCUGCAACAAAUUUAAUUUUAAUUAAACAACAAAAAAUAUUUAAAAUGAGAAGCACAAAUAUAAACAAACAAUUAAAGCUUGCUAAAAUUAAUUUUGCUGUUAAACAAACUGAUCUUUUUAAAAAGAUGGCGUCUAAAAAAGGAGAAGAAAAUAAUGAUCAAUUUUUAGAAAAAAUGUUAAAGGUUCAAGAAAAAUGUACUGAACAUGUCUUUUCAGACACACGACGACCUUUAAAAAGAAAACGUAAUCAAGCAGAGGUUUUAGCACCUCAAGAGAAUUUUGAUUUCAAUCGUGAAGCUAGUGUUGCUUUCACUCCUGAACCUCAAAUGAACCUGAACUUUAGUGCAGCUUUGAAUGAUUUAGCAAAUCGUGCACCAACUAGAACUGGUCGCACGGGGGACGAUAGUGAUCCAAAAAGAAAGAAGAAUGGAUCAAGAAAAGAUAAAACAAAUGGAGAUGGUGAUUUUGAAGUUACGGAGACUACGGAAAAUGAAAAGCGCUUGAAAAAAAAGAAGAAAACAACUGGUGAUAUGAGUAACGAUGGUCCAUCGUCGUUUAAUAAAGAAAAUUAA